AUGUCAAACGAGGACGACCUCGAAUUGCAUGCGACAGGUCGCUUUGAGGAGUUGAUGCUAGAGUGGCGCAACGCUCGGAACUCUCCCGGCUUCAACCCACAGAGCAUACUCACCAAGUUUUCUGAGUUGUUCGAAGAACAAAUCAACAUAUUCUACAGAACUGACCCCGAUCCCCUCGAUGAUCGUCACCCCCUCCGAACUGACUCCAAUUGUGAGCUCGGCCAACUACUACGUCUCAUCACCCUGCAUGACUCCUUUUUUGAGCGACUCACUGAUUACCUCUGUGGCAACGACGAUCCCAAUGACCCCACUGUCAGAGCUGCCGCUCGCCUCCUCUGCAGCAUACACUUUGGUGUAACCUUGUCUUUUACUGUCGGCGAGGGGGAUAUCACAGUCAACACGCUAUACAAAUUGGCUCUCAGCGAUGCAGAACCAACCAAUUGCUACGCCCUCCUCCUCCUUGGGUCCAUAUUAGAUAAUGCGGAGUUAUUGUACGUCACCAAACAUCGCAACAUCGAACUGGUUCCGAUCGUACUCAAUCGCAUGUCGUCCUACAUUGCCCAACUUGAAAAGGAUAUACACCAGAAUCCUAAAUCUACGAAUGACGUGGGUUUUAGCAACCGAUUGGGCUCAUUCUGUCUGGAGCCGAUGACACUGGAGAUGAAACUGCGACUCUGUAUGUCUUACCUGACGUCUCUUGCUGAAUAUCAAGAUAUGAUGCCCUACAUGUAUGACGGCGGCGUCUUGCGCUAUGUCUACAAAUUCCUUGAAGCCGAUUCCUCUGCCCGAGACAUUCGGCUGACCUUUGAGGCCUUGCGUUUGUUGGCAAAUCUCCUCUGUCAUCGUUGUAUCCAUCUGGACUUCGUCGAGUCCCGGGGACUGGAGCUAGUCCUACAGGUGCCCAGACCAUCGGUCGCUGCAACAGCGGUCAGCGUUGUGCUCUACUAUACGGCCUAUUUCGAGGACGCUAUGGAGCGGGUUUGUCAACUGCCGUCUCCCAUUCUCCACAACCUCAUCAUGUACUCAUUGUGGCUAAUAGAAUGUGCUCAUCCCUCUGCGCGCUGUUACUCCCUUUACUUCCUCAGCAUCGCUCUGUGCUACGGAGCCACAUUUGAGCUGUUUCGGGAGCACCAGGGUUUGCGCUACCUCUACAAUGCGCUUUGCGUUCUACCCAUUCGUCUUACUGAGGAUGAGCCCAGUGUGCAAAAGGACUCCACUUCCUGGCAUGUUGUGCGAGCCAGCCUUCUCACCAUCCGUCGUUUCCUGGAUAUCAGUCUCCUCCUCUGGAUGGACACAGUCGAU